GCGGAGCAGCAAGCGCAGGCCGCGCCGGCCCGACGGGAGCAGCGCCGGUGGCGGGCCGCCUCCUCCGAGCCGCCUGCGGGCGAGCCGUGUCCCUUGGCCGCCGGCGGCGGGGCAUGAGCGCGGAGGGGCCGCGGCCGCCCCCCGCGCCGCCCAGGCCGUGACCGGGCGGGGGGCGGCUGCACUAGCGCCCGCAGCCGGGGGCUCGCGGAGCCCGGAGCGGCAACCAUGGACUGCAGCCUACUGAGGACGCUCGUGCGCAGAUACUGUGCAGGAGAAGAGAACUGGGUGGACAGCCGGACCAUCUACGUGGGACACAAGGAGCCCCCUCCAGGGGCAGAGGCCUACAUUCCACAGAGAUACCCCGACAACAGAAUCGUCUCCUCCAAGUACACAUUUUGGAACUUCAUACCCAAGAACCUCUUUGAACAGUUCAGAAGAAUAGCCAACUUUUAUUUUCUCAUCAUCUUCCUGGUGCAGUUGAUCAUCGACACACCCACAAGUCCAGUGACGAGCGGGCUCCCUCUCUUCUUCGUCAUCACUGUUACGGCCAUCAAGCAGGGUUAUGAAGACUGGCUUCGCCACAAGGCAGACAAUGCCAUGAACCAGUGUCCUGUGCACUUCAUUCAGCAUGGCAAGCUGGUCCGGAAGCAGAGUCGGAAGCUGAGAGUUGGGGACAUUGUCAUGGUGAAAGAAGAUGAGACCUUUCCCUGUGACCUGAUCUUUCUCUCCAGCAACCGGGCAGAUGGGACCUGCCAUGUCACCACCGCCAGCCUAGAUGGAGAGUCGAGCCAUAAAACUCACUACGCAGUGCAAGACACCAAGGGCUUCCACACAGAGGAAGAUGUGGACGGAUUGCACGCCACCAUCGAGUGUGAACAGCCACAGCCCGACCUCUACAAGUUUGUGGGGCGCAUCAAUGUUUACAACGACCUGAACGACCCUGUGGUGAGGCCAUUAGGAUCAGAAAACCUGCUUCUCAGAGGCGCCACACUCAAAAACACGGAGAAGAUCUUUGGUGUGGCUAUCUACACAGGCAUGGAGACCAAGAUGGCUCUGAACUAUCAGUCCAAGUCCCAAAAGAGAUCUGCUGUGGAAAAGUCGAUGAAUACAUUCCUGAUCGUGUACCUCUGCAUCCUGGUGAGCAAGGCCCUGAUCAACACGGUGCUGAAGUACGUGUGGCAGAGUGAGCCCUUCCGAGAUGAGCCAUGGUACAACCAGAAGACCGAGUCCGAGCGCCAGCGGAAUCUGUUUCUCAGGGCCUUCACCGACUUCCUGGCCUUCAUGGUCCUCUUCAAUUACAUCAUCCCGGUGUCCAUGUAUGUCACAGUGGAGAUGCAGAAGUUCCUUGGCUCCUACUUCAUCACCUGGGAUGAAGACAUGUUUGAUGAGGAAAUGGGGGAAGGGCCUCUGGUUAACACGUCUGAUCUAAACGAGGAGUUGGGACAGGUGGAGUACAUUUUCACAGACAAGACGGGCACCCUUACGGAGAACAACAUGGCCUUCAAGGAGUGCUGCAUCGAGGGCCACGUCUACGUACCUCAUGUCAUCUGCAAUGGGCAGGUCCUUCCCGACUCUUCCGGCAUCGAUAUGAUUGAUUCUUCCCCAGGAGUCAGUGGAAGGGAGCGGGAGGAGCUGUUUUUCAGGGCUCUCUGCCUGUGCCACACCGUCCAGGUGAAGGAUGACGAUCCUGGGGACGAUGUCGAUGGUCCCCAGAAAUCUCCAGACUCAAAGUCCUGUGUGUAUAUAUCGUCCUCGCCUGAUGAGGUUGCCCUGGUUGAAGGUGUGCAGAGGCUUGGUUUCACAUAUCUGAGACUGAAGGAUAAUUACAUGGAAAUACUGAACAGGGAGAAUGACAUCGAGAGAUUUGAAUUGCUGGAAGUCCUCAGUUUUGACUCUGUGCGUAGAAGAAUGAGUGUGAUCGUAAAGUCUGCCACAGGAGAAAUUUACUUGUUUUGCAAAGGAGCAGAUUCCUCAAUAUUUCCCCGGGUCAUAGAAGGCAAAGUGGACCAGGUCCGGUCCAGAGUCGAGCGCAAUGCAGUGGAGGGUCUGCGGACCCUGUGUGUUGCCUACAAGCGGCUUGAGCCAGAAGAAUAUGAGGAUGUUUGCAGACUACUGCAGACCGCCAAGGUGGCUCUUCAAGAUCGGGAGAAGAAGUUAGCAGAAGCCUACGAGCAGAUCGAGAAGGACCUGAUUCUGCUUGGUGCUACAGCUGUCGAGGACCGGCUCCAGGAGAAAGCCGCAGACACAAUCGAGGCCCUGCAGAAGGCGGGCAUCAAGGUCUGGGUGCUCACUGGAGACAAGAUGGAGACGGCCUCAGCCACCUGCUAUGCCUGCAAGCUGUUCCGCAGGAGCACACAGCUGCUGGAGCUGACCACCAAAAGGCUAGAGGAGCAGAGCCUGCACGAUGUCCUCUUCGAGCUGAGCAAGACAGUCCUGCGCUGCAGCGGAAGCCUGACCAGAGACUCCUUCUCGGGGCUUUCGACAGAUAUGCAUGACUAUGGUUUAAUCAUCGACGGAGCUGCGCUGUCCUUGAUAAUGAAGCCCCGGGAGGAUGGGAGCUCCUCGGGCAACUACAGAGAGCUCUUCCUGGAGAUCUGCAGGAACUGCAGUGCCGUGCUGUGCUGCCGGAUGGCCCCCUUGCAGAAGGCGCAGAUCGUUAAGUUAAUCAAAUUUUCAAAGGAGCACCCUAUCACCUUAGCAAUUGGUGACGGUGCAAAUGACGUCAGCAUGAUCCUGGAGGCCCACGUGGGCAUAGGCGUCAUCGGGAAGGAGGGUCGCCAAGCUGCAAGGAACAGCGACUACGCAAUACCCAAGUUUAAGCACUUGAAGAAGAUGCUUCUUGUUCACGGGCACUUGUAUUACAUCAGGAUAUCUGAGCUCGUGCAGUACUUCUUUUACAAGAAUGUCUGCUUCAUUUUCCCUCAGUUUUUGUACCAGUUCUUCUGCGGAUUUUCACAGCAGACUUUGUACGAUACUGCGUAUCUGACUCUCUACAACAUCAGCUUCACCUCCCUCCCGAUUCUCCUGUACAGCCUCAUGGAACAGCACGUGGGCAUUGAAGUGCUCAAGAGAGACCCAUCCCUGUACAGAGAUAUCGCCAAGAACGCGCUGCUCCGCUGGCGGGUGUUCAUUUACUGGACAUUUCUCGGCGUAUUUGAUGCUUUGGUAUUUUUCUUUGGUGCUUAUUUCAUGUUUGAAAACACAACCGUGACCAGCAACGGACAGAUAAUGACCACCAACACGAGCAUGGUAAGACACCGUGGGUUUGUUCUCUCUGUGUUCUUGGAGUGCAUUACAAAUAAAAUAUUUCUUGAAAAUAUUUUCAAAUGUGACUUUUUCUGUGUGCUUUGUUGGUAGAAAAGCUGUUAGCCAUCCCUGCCCUCUACUGGCCUCAGAGCCCCCUGACCCUGCAAGGUGUCCUCUCCCUGAGUGUCUGUCAAGGCUUCGGUGAAAGGGGGUUGUUAAACUGACCCCAUUGGUCUGCAUGUCACUGUAAAUAAAGGACAGGAGGCCUGCUGGGGACCUUGCUUUGGUGGCAUACCUGUGCUACCUGGGGAGAACAAGAGGCAUCCGGUAAACCUUAGACCUAGAUACAAGUGCCGAGCCCAGCCUUAAGCCCGGUUAAGAUCACAGGUUUUGAUGUGGCUGUUCGAACAAACACUGCAACUGACGUCAGAGAAAACCCCUCCCAGCCAUCACCUCAGGGAGUUUGCAGACAGAAAUGCUUUUCAUUCCUCGUUUAACCAACUCCCCUCUUCUCCCCCUGUUGUCUUCCCCGUGUUGAUCCCUCAGAGUGUGAGGUUGAAGUGCCCAUGUCUGGCCAGUGUGGGCCGUUUGUUUACCUGUGUAUGUGUUUCUGUUGCCUGCUAACUAAAGGUUCUCCCACAUUAGAUCACAAAUCAGCUUUUACUGUAUUUGACCCUGAAGACUUGCUAAAAUUCAUUCCACCAUUUUAAGGAUUUAAGAUUUUCUGUAGCUAACUGUUGUCUUUUAUUUUAAUCAAACAGUGCCUGCAGCCACUAGCCCAUAAGCAUGGUGACAGUGGUUGUCUGAGUCUUAGUUGACUCAGACACCAUUUCCUUGUACGUCAGCCUUUCAGAAGCUUCCCGCCAACUCUUGGCGGCUCUUAAAUGCUCAGGUCCCAGCACGCGGCUUUCUUUUUCACUCUCAAACCACAUCUUGCCACUCACGCACCAUUCAUCUGCUGGUCGCUGGCGUGGGAGGUUGAGGAAGGAGUGUAUACACGCUGGAAGCUGGUGUGAGCUCAGGUGAUGAGAAGCAAGCCAGAGCCCAGACCCUGACCUGUGCCAGCACGUGGUAUCCUCCUCAGCCCAUGCAGUCUCUGAGUCUCAGAGGAAUGAUAGACAUUCUCCAGAGCACUGGGGAAGGACUCCGGUGGCUCUCGGUUUUAGGAAUGCAGCAGGGUGCUCAAUUCCCAGGCCUCCAGAGACUGUGCAGUGUCUCCUGCAGGCCAUGCUAGCUGUCAUGUGUAGUGGCAUCUCUGCUGCCUGUCACGGAAGCUCAGGAGUCCUGUGUUCCCUUGCCUGCAUUCCUCAGACAGUCCUUUUGAUCUCAUUAGGUUUUGUGUGGGCUGAAAAGAUGCAAUGUCCUCACAGUAAUGGACAGUUCUCACGUGUCCAUUAGCCAUUGUUAAAGUGUUCAUUAGAACCAGAAAUGGGACUAGACAGCAAGUGUUACAGGGAUUCACCUAAGCCUCCUACUGGCUCUGCCACUGAGAAGGGCAUUGUUGGCCACCUUCACUGCACACAGACUUAUAGGCAGAGAUUCGGCAUGUAUGAUGCAUGUCUUGACACAGAAUUCCCAAAGGAGGCUGGCAGGGUGGACCCAAGCCAGUGCUAGUCAGGACAGCCGACACUAAUAGUUGGCAUGUGUAUUCAGAGUCAGGCAUGGUGGGGGCGUGUCAGACUGAGAGGAUCAGAGACCAGUCAGACACCCCAUGACACACGUUCAAGGUAGACACUGACACCUCUCUGUGAGGUGGGAAAUCAAGGCCACUGCACAGGUUGGGGAGGUCAAGGAAGGGAUUUGGUUUCCUGUCAGGCCCACCACCCUCGCCCUCCACCCUGGUGUUUGGGAACGUGAGAACAUUAGAUUUGCAGAUCUCAAGUGCAGGAGUGCAGUCUGGUUUAGUGAUCAUGGUGCUCCACAUGGAUCCAGGAUGCCUCUCCCAGGUUCUUCUGUUUAGAAGUUUAUUCUGUUAGUGGCUGUUAAAGACCUUUCUAGAAAGAUCUUCAGCGCUCCAGGGGACAUUUAUAGGACACACAUAGUGUAAGAACUACAGAAUUAUGAGUAAUUUCUUAAAAUUUGUUUGUGGAUCUUUUUUUUUUUCACUGACAUCAAAAGCCAUAAGUAUUUCAUUCUUCUGAUGCUGGGGAGGCAGUAAUGACCAGACUCUCGCUGACCCCCAGGAUGUUCUUAGCCUGGUAUUCAAGCUGGAAUGUGACCGUAGUUAGGACACACCAGAGGAUAGCUGAGAUGGUCGUGAGCUGUGGCAAGUGAGCCCAGCAUCCAGCUGACAGAAUGGCUGUGGAGUUGACCCAGAGGGGUGCAGAGGUGGCAUGACCAUGACCUUAAAAAACAAAAGCAUUGUCUAUUAUGGAAUACUCUGCAUGUAAAAAUUAAAUUGGCUUGGGUUUAAAGGCUUUAGUGACCAGAACUCUCUUUAUGAGAGUGCUCAUCCUCAGGACAGAGGAAGAAUCAAGGAGACAGGACUGAAGAGACACCAGGUAGAUAGGAAGUACUGGCUGAGGUGUUCCUUCAGGGCCAAGACUGUCAACCAGGCCACAGAUGGAGGCAUAUUGUUGAGGUCCGUGUCAGUCAGACAUACAGUAAAGGUGCUAAUCACUCCAUCCAGAGCUAUCAGUGGAGGUAUAAUUAUUAAGGUGUGUGCCAGUCAGACCAUCUGUGUUGGUUUAUUUUGGAGCUGUCAAUCAAUUUGACAUCAACAGAAGUGUGCUUUUCGGGUUCUGAGGAAGUCAGAAGCAGGAACCUUAGGAGCAUAUGUAAAAAGGUGACAUCCAGCCGAGAUCCUUAGAGGAUCUAGUCCAGAAGGUACUAAGUAACUUGGUAGGUGGCCAGAAGUCUCCCAUUGGAAACAAACGAGGGAAUGAAGGUUAUACAGAAACAGCUCUGUGGCCAUCUCUGUCCAUCCCAGUGAGCGGGCACUCACUAACCAGGAGCCAUGGGCACAGUAUUGAUAGUGUGUCCUAUAGGACUUGGCCUGGUGUCCCACCACGGCCCCCCAGGUCUGCCAUAAUCCACCAAAUCUGGGGAAAUCUGGCAGUGGGGAGCAUACGUUCCUCCUGGAACAGGUGUGGGAAGAGCAAGCUGUGAGUUUCCUUUGGCUUGGUGUGUGGUGCUGCUGGGGUCUGCAUGUCCCAUGUCAUGUUGUCAUAUAUUCUGUGCCAGCUGAUGGCACAGAAGAGCGGAGACGGAGGCAGUGGGGCUCCCUUCUGCCAAACAUAGCCUCUGCAGGGCAAAGCUUCCCCUGCUCUCUCUGCAGGUUGCCAUUUGGGCCACACCUAUAGCUUUCCAUUGAACAGACCACAACUGCUCACUCUCCACCAUCUUUGUGGGCGGCUGCCAGCCUACUGCCCCUGAGUUGAAAAACAUUCCAGCCCUAGAGUUAAAGACACUCUUGUGUUAGUCACACGAUGCGUUGGCAUUGAAAGCCAGCCCCAUGGUUCUUGUCCUGCAUAUCUUACAGCAUCUCUGGUUCCUCCCUGCCAGUUGCAACAGUGCCCACUCUGGUGUCACCAAGUGGCCCCCGGCUAGAAGCCCCCCACAUGAAGGUCUGAUGGUUUUUAUCCGUACUCUUUCCAAGCCCAGGAAGGAAGGUGUUUCUCUAGUAGGUUGAAGAACAGGGCACAGGUCUCUAAGCCCAAGGAGGAAGGCAUUUCUCUAGAACUUUCCACUGACUCCCAGAACUCCUGCAGGCCAUAAAUUUUCACAAAACUCUAGCUUUGAGUAUGAUUGCUUCUUUUAUUGAAACACAAGCAUAGACAAAAGUGCUGGCUUCCCAGCCUUUUGAUUCUUUGUGAAAUAAACUUGAGGGACCUUCUGGGAACAUUGAGAGGCCCAACUCAUAGACCCCUACAGUGUCUACCUCGUGUGUUGUGCAGGGAACCGUUCUUGCGGAUGGCUUCUGCAGACCAGCUUUCCCGAGAGAAAGGGCUCGCAGCCACUGCCCUCACACGUGUCUGUCUGUAGUUGAGAAGUGUGACACAUGUCUGUCCCUCCCACUGUCCUGCUUGCCUUCCAGCUAGAAGGAGGGCAGCCCACACCUGCUGGUCUUCCCUCCUCGUUGAUGAGUUGUUAGCAGCCAUGGCUGUGACCAGGGGUCUGACUGUUGGAGGAGCAGCCUUUGUCCAAUGUGUGCCACCUGCCCACCUCCUUCUUGUCCUGAGGUCUUCUCUUCCCGGAGAAGCCUUCCCUGAUGCUGUCACUUCUGUGUUCUGGUGUCUCCUCUGGCUGUCUCCUGCAGUGUUCUAGCAGCUGUGCCCCUCAGCUGCGGGCAUCUCCGUCACCAGCGGCAGGUUCCCUGAGUUUGUCCUUGAGACACAAGACCAGACCUAGGCAAUAAAGUGGACAACGCUUCUAUCUAGAAAGCCCCAUGUGUAUUGACUGCAGCCAUGAGGUCUCUCCCUGCUGAAUCUGAGACCUUAGGACUCCACACAGUGAUGUGCUAGUGCCCAGCAGGGCCAGUGUUGGGGCCAGCAGGACACUAACUCAAGUCAUUCCUGAGCCAGGCUUGGCCACUGUGCUGGCCUAGGGCCACCUGAGCUCUUGCCUUUUCUAGCUCAGGAAACUGUAGUACCCAUCUCUUGAGACUAAGAGGUGUAGAGGCCAUGGGUCAUGCUCUCUAGCGUCCGUGUUCGGGAUGAGGGAGGAGAGGUGAAUGGCACCAGGCACUCACUUGGACUCUUGUC